AUGCGUCCAACACUGGUACGGCUGGCCACUGCCGCUGCAGAACAAGCUGGCAACAGCCUACGACCGCGGCCCAUGGCUCUGCUCCCGCCCAUCUUCUUAUACCGCCGUAUUCUGAGAGCUCACAGGAAGCAUCUGCCGGCGGAAAUGCGUGUGCUGGGCGAUGAGUACGUCAAAGCCGAGUUCAGAGCUCAUCGGAAAGUCGACAACCCGGCACACUUGAUUGGAUUUCUUUCUGAGUGGCAGCUGUAUGCCCAGAAGAUCGAGGGUGACUCAUGGAAGGGCCAGAAGAUUGAUGAGACCAAGCUUGCCAAGAUGAGCGACGAACAAAUUCAGCAAUUAUAUGAGCUUUUGCAAGCCAUUCAGAAACACAAGGGGGUUCCUGGCGAUGAGGAGCCGCAAUCAUAA